UCCCUUGUCUGUCGCUCUCACUGUGCAUAGAAUAAGCAGUGCUCUGCCAGCCUCAGCACUAAUCUGCAGUUAGAGGUGUUUGCACAGAAGAGGAUCAGCACAAACAUAAACUACAAGGUGCCAUGGGUCAGCUCUGCUGCUUUCCUUUUUCCAGAGACGAGGAGAAAAUCAGUCAAAAGAACGGGAGAGAGCCUGAUGAUGCCGAGUUAGUGAGUCUGAGCAAAAGGCUGGUGGAAAAUGCUGUACUUAAGGCUGUACAGCAGUAUAUAGAGGAAACCCAAUCCAAAACAAAACAGACUGAUGGGAUUUCUGUGGAAAAAAAUGAGAAUAACAUAGCCACAAAAUUAUGAGCACAGCUGCUACUUGAACAUAAAUCUAAACUUCAAAUGUUGCCAGCAGCAUCCAUUCAGGUGCUUAUGUGAUUUGAAGACUGCUUUGCAUUGCGCACCUGGGUUAUGUUGAAUUGAAAUGAAUAUUGAAACUGAAGGAUACAAGUAGAUGGAAUGUCUUGGAUGAACAUUAGUUGCUGAAGAUCCAAUCCAAUUAGAAAUAGCAACUUCAGUGUUCAGCUGUAGAUGGAAGACGUAUGGGAGCCCAUUUGCCAUUGCCUUCUGAAACAGAUACUGACGGCCAAUUCUGAGGCCUUACAACAUAAGGACGCCACACCGUUGACACUAUAUGAUGGAGUUGCAUCACUGGUUCUCUUGCAGUACAAUUUACUAUUAGAUUACUGUUGUUGCAGUAGCAACACUUCACAGACUAUGCUAAUUUCCAUGCUGGAUGUUCCUCAGAGAUAAUAUAUACACUAUGUACUAUUGUACAGAUUCUUCUAAUGUCUUGUGACACUAUGCAGUAUUUCUCUAUAACAGUUCUACAUGAAAUGAAAUAUAUAUAUUUUUGAUGAACAUAAUUCUUUUUGAUAUAAACGGUGGCCAAAAUGAAGGUGACUAUAUUUGAUCUUUCUGAAAACCUUAACCUUUUUUUCCCCACAGGUUUUUGAUUGUAUUGAUUUAUUAUAGACCAUAUAAGUUGAUAUAUUCUUUCCUGCAGGGAAUAAAUUCAAAGACCUCUCCAUACAGACUGCUCUACAAAGGGAGCUGAAGGCUUUGCAAAACAAAGUAAAGGAGAUCAAAGAAAUAUUGUCUCUUCCUUCAACAAGGGCAAACAUAUUUAAAGAACUUUCUU